AUGUCGAAUCCCGCCUCCUACGACUCUCACCGUCGGUCAACGGUCUUUAGUCGCCAACCAGAGGAACUUCAUAUGCCAUCCUCAGGACUGAGCAACCCAAACUUGUCCCGUCAGUCCUCCUCGCAUGAAUACCCAGCCACCCCAGACGCAGGUGCCCGACUUCCCGCGAUCAACGUGCAAUCGAGCUCCCAGUACGGAGGUGAUGGGAAUCACAGCAGCACUGCUCUCCCUGGUGCCCUGCAGCCCGGUAACCGUCCCCCAGCAGUUUCGAUAAAUACCGCCCCAUCAGUCGUUCCAACGAUGCAGCAACCCUCCUCCCAGCCGAACCACCGCGCAAGCAUGAUCAAUUCGCACGGACAUUCGCGAUCCAGCCCCGCAGGGUUUGAUCAGUCAAUUUACAAGCAACAUGGUGCGCCGGAUGGCUCCAAAUAUCCCUCUUCCCCUGGCGGGUACACACCCCAUACCCCGCAAGGCUCGAAGUACUCGCCCCUUGGCUUGUCUGAUAUCAGGCCCUCGGGCGAGCAUCUCUUGAGCGAGGCACUUUUGAACCCAGGGGUGCCAUCGGUGCCCUACAACAACGGAGAUAACCAGGUGCCGACCAACAGCAAUUAUGUAGCACCGUGGCCCAUAUAUGCGGUGGAUUGGUGCAAAUGGCCCAUUGCAGGGAGCUCCGGGUUCGGAGGAAAACUGGCGAUGGGAAGUUACCUAGAAGACAACCACAACUAUAUUCAAAUCGUCGAUGCGCACUGGACACAACCAGACCCCGAUACCCCAGAUGCCGCCGCGGGGGAGAUCAAAUUGGACUACGUCAAAACUGCCGAGGCGACACAUUCUUAUCCAGUGACUCGCAUUCUCUGGGAGCCGCCAUCGUCCCAAAAACAAUCAACUGAUUUGCUGGCCACGUCAGGUGAUCACCUUCGCCUAUGGUCGUUGCCAAACUCCCAACCUCUGCAGAGCACCAACUCUAUCACCCGCCCCAUGAGCCAGCGGGAAACCCCCACCUCCAAGCUUUCCCCGCUAGCGCUGCUGUCCAACUCGAAAUCUCCCGAGCACACCGCCCCUAUCACCUCUCUGGAUUGGAACACGAUUUCACCUAGUCUGAUCAUCACUUCCAGCAUUGACACAACCUGCACCAUUUGGGAUAUUCCCACUUUGACUGCAAAGACACAACUGAUCGCCCACGACAAGGAAGUCUACGAUGUUCGAUUCUGCGCCAACAGCGUCGAUGUGUUUGUCAGCUGCGGCGCAGAUGGUAGUGUACGAAUGUUUGAUCUCCGAAGCCUCGAGCAUAGCACCAUCAUCUACGAGCCAACGGACAAAAAUGACAAGAACAUGAGUCCCGGAAACUCCAGUCCCCCUGGUCAAUCACAGACUGGUCUCAACCCACCGCCUCUCUUGAGAAUCGCAGCAUCACCACAUGACGCCCACCUCUUGGCAACAUUCUCCCAAGACUCAAGUGUCGUUCGAGUCCUCGACGUCCGUCAACCGGGCCAAGCCCUGCUGGAGUUAAAGGGCCACUCCGCAGCCUUGAACUGCGUAGAAUGGUCCCCAAGUCGCCGCGGCAUUCUCGCAUCCGGCGGUGACGACAGCAUGGUCCUCCUGUGGGACCUGAUCAACCAACAUAACGCCGCCCCCAUCGCCUCCCCACCCACACACCCCACAGGCGCACCGCCAUCGACAACCUCCGAGCGCGGCCCGGCAGCCGUCUGGCAAAGCGAGUACGAAAUCUCCAAUAUCAGUUGGUCCCCAUCAGGUGGACCCAACCACACCGGCCAGCCACGUGAAUGGCUUGGUAUCUGCGGUGGAAGAGGUCUCACCGGGGUUUCCCUAUAA